AUGCAGCUCACCACUCUCGCCGUUCUCGCCGCUGCCCUCGUGCCUGCGCUCGCCUACCCCAUCACGGGCGACGACGUCAACUGCCGCUCCGGCCCUGGCACCAACUACGCCGUCAAGAAGACAUACAAGAAGGGAACAGAUGUCAAGGUCACCUGCCAGACCGAGGGCACCAACAUCAACGGCAACAGCAUCUGGGACAAGACUUCGGAUGGCUGCUACGUCUCCGACUACUACGUCAAGACGGGCUCCAACGGCUAUGUGACCACCAAGUGCGGCAGCAGCGGGGGUGGCUCUGGCGGCAGCUGCUCCCCUCCCAAGUCCAACCAGGCCACUGUCGACCUCAUUGCCGAGUUUGAGGGUUUCCGUGCCAAUGUUUACACGGAUGCCACCGGCCACCCCACGGUUGGCUACGGCCAUCUCUGCAGCAACUCCAAGUGCUCCGACGUCAAGUACCCGAUCCCCCUGUCCUCGGCCAACGGCAAGAAGCUCCUCGCCGACGACAUGAAGCGCUUCGAGAAAUGCAUCAGCCAAAUGGUCAAGGCCACCGUCAACCUCAACCAGUACGGCGCUCUGGUCAGCUGGUCCUUCAACAUGGGCUGCGGCGCCGCCCAGUCGUCGACGCUCGUCAAGCGCCUCAACAAUGGCGAGAACGUCAACAAGGUGCUCUCCGAGGAGCUCCCCAAGUGGGUGCACGGCAACGGCAAGGUCCUCCCCGGCCUCGUCCGCCGCCGCAACGCUGAGAUUGCUCUGGCUAAGAAGGCCACCGACGACAAGGCCCUCCCGGUUAAGUGCUAG